AGCAUUCUUGUUGUUGUUCCUAAUUAAUUAUUAUUUUCUUUAUUUACAGAGGCUGAGUAAUGAUCACAUCUGUUACUUUUUGUAUCAGAUAUUGCGUGGCUUAAAGUAUAUUCAUUCGGCAAACGUUUUACAUCGAGAUCUUAAGCCGAGCAACCUUUUAUUGAACAAGACAUGCGACCUAAAAAUUUGCGACUUUGGCUUGGCUCGCAUUGCUGAUCCAGACCAUGACCAUACUGGUUUCCUUACAGAAUAUGUAGCAACUAGAUGGUACCGGGCGCCUGAAAUCAUGCUUAAUUCAAAAGGUUAUACAAAAUCUAUUGAUAUCUGGUCGGUUGGAUGCAUUUUGGCAGAAAUGUUAAGCAACCGACCUAUUUUUCCGGGAAAACAUUAUUUAGACCAACUAAACCAUAUUCUUGGAGUCCUAGGUUCUCCAUCCCAGGAAGAUUUAGAAUGUAUUAUUAAUGAAAAGGCACGAAAUUAUUUAGAGUCUUUGCCUUUUAAACCAAAUGUGCCAUGGUCGAGGUUAUUUCCAAAUGCUGACCCUUUGGCUUUGGAUUUACUUGGUAAAAUGUUGACGUUCAACCCGCACAAGCGUAUUCCAGUAGAGGAGGCUCUGGCACAUCCAUAUUUAGAGCAGUAUUAUGAUCCUGGCGACGAGCCCGUUGCAGAAGUACCAUUCGGCAUUAAUAUGGAAAAUGAUGAUAUAUCGCGAGACGCUUUAAAAUCAUUAAUCUUUCAAGAAACGUUGAAAUUCAAAGAACGACAACCAGAACAAGCGCUAUAAAAACAAUAAUUUAAAAAAUAAAAAUUUACAUUUGUAA